AACUUAUGCACGUUCUUUAAUACAAAGUGGUGCCUCUUCGCCUCCAUUUUCGCAUAUUCCCGGCUCCAAAUAUUUUGAAAACUGUGUUAUAAGGAAUCCAGUUUCAGCUAAUUUUAAGCGUUUAUAAAAGCUAAUUCUUCAGUUGCACAAAUUUUUACGAAUGAAUAACAACAAUUUUUAUUAUUAUCAAUCUCAAAAAGUACCAAUUCCUUUAGCUUUUCCUUUUGAUUUGAAUAAAGAUUCUCACUUCGUAUUACUACUGUCACUCGAAAAAUGAUUUAUUAAUUUAACAUUUUAUUAAUAACUUUUGAUUCUUAUUUGUGCUAUCAACAAUGGAAAUAACCAGAAACAAUUUUGUUGAAACAUUGCCUGCUGUGAAAGAAGCUAUAGAUUGGUGUGAUUUUUUAGCUAUAGACACUGAGUUAACUGGUCUCUACAGUGAACGCUCAUCUGAACAUGCAUUUGACAGCAUGGAGGAGAGAUAUGCGAAGCUUCGCAAGCUUUGUUCUGAAUUUUUGAUAAUCCAAUAUGGUCUAAGUUGCUUUAAAUAUCAUCCAAAAUUAAAGAAAUUUACUCACAGAGAUUUUAACUUUUACAUAUUUCCCCGCCCACAUAUCAGGCAAGCUCCAGAUCACCGAUUUCUGUGUCAGACAUCAAGCAUUCAUUUUCUAGCAUCACAUGGAUAUGACUUCAAUAAAACCAUUUAUGAAGGCAUUUCAUAUUUAAGGCACGAUCAAGAGGAGAAGUUGAAAGAAUUCACCAACAGUAAAUAUAAGAUACAACGGGAUUCGAUUUCAACUCCUAAGAAAGAAUCCUCUGAAGCAAAUGGUCAGAAAGAAGUUGAAAUUCCAGAUGAGCACAAAAAAUUCAUUGCAGAAAUUAAUGAACGUGUGAAUGCAUUUAUUGAGAAUGAAUCAGAAACAGUUCUGAAAUUGGAACCUUGUAGUGGGUAUCGCAGGAAACUCAUUUAUGAAAGUGUCCAACAGAAGUACACAAGUGGAAUUGAGAUGUUGUCCACAGUGAAUGAUGAGAAAGAGAGAUUCAUCACAAUCACCAAAAUGACUGAUAACGCCAAAAUUGGAAAGCUGGAUGCUAAGGAAACUUCUGACAUGGAUGAUAUUGACACUGCAAUAGGCUUUCGAAAAGUCGUUGAACACAUAUCACAAUCUAAAAAACUGGUUCUUGGUCAUCAUAUGUAUUUGGAUAUAUUGCAUACUAUACAUAAAUUCUUCUAUCCUUUACCUGAGUCUUUGCAAGAAUACAAGGAAAUGCUUCAAUUGGUAUUUCCAAAUUUGAUAGAUACUAAACAUUUAGCAUCAUCCGAUAGAGUUAGGCCAUUCCUUGAAAAUACACAUUUAGGAGAUCUUUUUAAAAGUAUCCAAGGCAAAGCAUUCGACUUACCUGAAAUUGAAACUGAAGUCAAAUUUAAGGGUUAUGAAUUAUCCUGUAGCAAUUAUCAUGAAGCUGGAUUUGAUGCUUUUAUCACUGGAGUAAGCUUAAUUGGACUUACUAGGAAAAUUGCUUCUUUACAGUCGAAAAAUGCUGAGCAAAUAGAUGCAUCCUGUACUUUCUUGAAGCCGUUCUUAAAUAAAUUCUAUAUUCUAAGGCAUUAUGACAUCCAGUCUUUAAAUAUUUGUGGACCUGACUCUGAACCUGAUAGGGAGAAUGUAUUUUAUGUAAGCUUCCCUAAAGAAUGGAAAACAAUUGAUCUUGUUGAGUUGUUCCUGCCAUAUGGUGACAUUUAUGUGCAUUGGCUUGAUGAUGUCUCUGCUUUAGUAGCUCUCAAGAACCCAGAAAAUGCUAUAAGCGCCAAAUCUGGAUUGUUGAACAAAAGUAGCAAAAUGUAUCGUGUUCAGACAUAUGCUGAUUAUAGAAAAUGGGAAAAUCAACAAAUCUCAACUAAAAAAGUUGAAAUCAAGAAACCUGCGACAUCAUCAUCAUCAAAAGUUUCUCAAGCGAAAAGGAGCUUCAAAAAUGACACUAGCAAUUCCAGUAUGGAUUUGAUUCCAGAAAUUGAUGAAAAUGAAGCAGAAGGAGCACCUUCUGGUAAUCCUCCUGCAAAAAAGUUGAAGAAAUCAGUGGAUGAUCCUGAAUCGGGUGAAGUCACUUCCACUUUUGAAGAAGAUAACAAUUGGUGAUUUUUCGGUACACAUUUCUGAAAAUAUUUUUAAAAAUGAAGAGGUUAUUGGAAAUUUUGUACUCUUUAUCUGUUGUUAAAUAUACAAUAAAUAUGGAUUAAAAAAAAGUUAACUACA